AUGGACCAGAAGGAAGUGGUCCUUCUACUUCUUUUAUUUCUGAAGUCGGGUCAAGGGGACCCCCUGGAUGACUAUGUAAACACCCAGGGAGCUUCGCUGUUUAGUGUCACAAAGAAGCAGCUCGGGGUGGGAAGCACAGAAGAAUGUGCCACCAAAUGUGAGGAGGAAACAGAAUUCGUUUGCAGGUCAUUCCAGUACCACAGUAAAGAGCAGCAGUGUGUGAUCAUGGCUGAAAACAGCAAGUCUUCUGGCAUCAUUCGGAUGAGAGAUGUCAUUUUAUUUGAAAAGAAAAUGUAUCUUUUGGAGUGCAGGACCGGGAACGGAAAGAACUACAGAGGGACAACAUCCAAAACGAAAAGUGGUGUUGCCUGUCAAAAAUGGAGUGCCAGUUACCCCCACAGACCUAACUAUUCACCUAACACACACCCCUCAGAGGGACUGGAGGAGAACUACUGCAGGAACCCCGACAAUGACGAACAGGGGCCCUGGUGUUACACGACAGAUCCGGACAAGAGAUUUGACUACUGUGACAUUCCUGAAUGUGAAGAUGAAUGCAUGCAUUGCAGUGGAGAAACUUACGAGGGCAAAAUUUCCAGGACCAUGUCUGGACUUGAAUGCCAGGCCUGGGACUCUCAGAGCCCACAUGCUCACGGAUACAUUCCUUCCAAAUUUCCAAACAAGAACUUGAAGAUGAAUUACUGUCGUAACCCUGAUGGGGAGCCCCGUCCAUGGUGUUUCACCAAGGAUCUCAGCAAACGCUGGGAGUUCUGUAACAUUCCCCGCUGCAGUAAGUAUGGCUCAUGCUCAUCACUGCCAGAUCCUGACCUGCUCUGCUCUUGGAAUCAAGAAGAAAAUAUAUAUCAGUGCCUAACUGGAUAUGUUUCCAAUAUCACUGUUAACAAGAAUGUGUGCACCUUGUGUAUUUGGCCUUUUUGGAAAGCCAAACUCACAGUUCCUUUUUUUUUCAGAGGUUUGGAUGAAAACUACUGUCGUAACCCUGAUGGAGAAACAGCUCCAUGGUGCUAUACAACCAACAGUGAUGUGAGGUGGGAAUACUGCAAGGUACCAUCCUGUGGGACCUCUCUAGUGUCCGCGGAUCAUCUGUACACCACAGCACCACCUGAGCAAACCCCUGUGGUCCAGGACUGCUACCAGGGUGACGGACAGAGUUAUCGAGGCACAUCGUCCACCACUAUCACAGGAAAGAAAUGUCAAUCUUGGUCAUCUAUGACACCACACCGACAUCAGAAGACACCGGAAAACUACCCAAAUGCGGGCUUGACACUGAACUACUGUAGGAAUCCAGACGCUGAUAAAAGCCCUUGGUGUUAUACCACCGAUCCAAGUGUCAGGUGGGAGUUCUGCAAUCUGAAGAAAUGCACAGAAACAGAAGGCCGUGUCGUGGGUCCUCCGACUAUUGCCCAAGUCCCAAGUGUAGAGACUACCUCUGAACCAGACUGCAUGUUUGGGAAUGGCAAAAGCUAUCGGGGCAAGAAGGCGACCACAGUGGCUGGCACUCCAUGCCAGGAAUGGGCUGCCCAGGAGCCCCACAAACAUAACAUCUUCACUCCAGAGACAAACCCACGGGCAGGUCUGGAAAAAAACUACUGCCGUAAUCCUGAUGGUGAUGUCAACGGUCCCUGGUGCUACACGACGAAUCCGAGAAAACUUUUUGACUACUGUGAUGUCCCUCAGUGUGCGUCCUCUUCAUUUGACUGUGGGAAACCCCAAGUGGAGCCGAAGAAAUGUUCUGGAAGGGUCGUAGGAGGGUGUGUGGCCCACGCACAUUCCUGGCCCUGGCAAAUCAGUCUUAGAACACGGUUUGGAACGCACUUCUGUGGAGGCACGUUGAUAUCCCCGGAGUGGGUGCUGACUGCCGCCCACUGCUUGGAGAAGUCCUCAAGGCCUUCAUAUUACAAAGUCAUCUUGGGUGCACACCAUGAAGUGAAUCUUGAACCGGAUGUUCAGGAAAUAGAAGUGUCCAAGCUCGUUUUGGAGCCCACACGAGCAGACAUGGCCUUGCUGAAGCUGCGCAGCCCCGCUGUCAUCACCGACAAAGUCAUCCCAGCUUGUCUGCCAGCCGCAAACUACGUGGUCGCUGACCGCACAGAGUGUUACAUAACGGGCUGGGGAGACACCCAAGGUACCUCUGGUGCUGGCAUUCUCAAGGAAGCCCAGCUGCCUGUGAUUGAGAAUAAAGUGUGUAAUCGCUUCGAGUAUCUGAAUGGAAGAGUCAAAUCGACUGAGCUCUGCGCUGGGCACUUGUCUGGAGGCACUGACAGUUGCCAGGGUGACAGCGGAGGGCCUCUGGUUUGCUUCGAGAAGGACAAAUACAUCUUACAAGGAGUCACUUCUUGGGGUCUUGGCUGUGCACGCCCCAAUAAGCCAGGUGUCUAUGUUCGUGUUUCAAGGUAUGUUACUUGGAUUGAAGAAGCCAUGAGAAAUAAUUAAUUGGCUGGGAGACAAAGUGAAGCAUCAGCUUACCUAGACACUGGAACAUGGCUAGGGAAGUUAACGUGCUCCAAAGUAAUUGGUGGUAAUCAGACGAAGACACUGCACUUAGCUGCCCUCUACUGCCAAACCUCGGCAUUUUUUGUAUUACUGUGGGUAAAUUUUUCCUGUCCAUAGACUGCUGGAUUCUGUAAUAAGUCAAUAUAGCUAUAACAUUUGUUGAAAAUAAACUCUGUACUUAA